AUGACAAGCAGUGGAAUACAAAGACCCCCGCCUCCAUCCCCCCUCCGACUACCUCCCCCCUUCUUCUCAGCCAGAGUCAUCGCAGGGUCAGGGCCAACCUUUCACAGCCAGGUUACAAGGGGUAAUCACAGGCAAACACAGCAGCCACACGCAAAACGCACACACGACACCCCCCUCCAUCCCCUUCAACCCGGGCCUCCAUCCUCUCCCACACACAUACACACAAACUACUACCCCACCACCACCACCCAACAGCCCCCUUCCUCCACCGCAAACCUGGCUCUGAUUAGCGUGAUGGGGAUGCGAGUGGCCACAUGUGUACAAGGAGCAGACCCAGGCAAGGAGGAGAAGAAGGAGGAGGUGGUGGCUGUGGAGGUGGAGGGGUGGUAG